AUGUUGGUUACUUUGGAAUGGCUAGAAGAGUUUUCUGAUACAAGGCUACCAGGUGGUCCAAGAGGGUUAUCGGAUCAUUGCUCAGUGGUGAUAGAAGCUGCAAGGGUCGGAAGGGGGCCGAGACCUUUUCGAAGUCUUGAUUCAUGGUUCACUCAUGAAGGAUUCUUGAGGAUGGUGAAGGAGGAGUGGAGAAGCCUAGGUGAGGUGCGGUUCUUGGACAAGUUAAAGGCCAUGACGAUUCCUUUGGGCAGAUGGCAUAGAGAGAAUUUUGGGUCUAUGGACAUGAAGAUUAAAAAGUUUGAGGAGGAGAUCAAGAAAGUAGACGAUAUGGUCAGUAAUGGAGUGCAUGAUGGAACCUUGGAAGCAAGAAGGAAGGCACUGGUCAGCUCUUGUAAGAGGUGGAGGAACAACCGGAUUGAUGCUUUAAUGAUUCAUGGAAGAGUAUUGAGCAAUCAAGCCAGGAUUAAGGUGGCUAUAAGAGAUUUCUACAAGGACUUGUACCAACAGGAGGUGUCACCUAACGUAGGCUUUCGGAAUGGGUUAGUAAUGCAGAUAGAUGUAGAAGAGGCAACAGAACUGGAGUUGAUGCCAUCUGUUGAAGAGAUAAAGGAGACAGUAUGGGAUUGCGAGUCAACACAAGCACCAGAAAGAGACAGAUAUAAUAUGAAUUUCAUCAAGAAGUGUUGGGAAGAAGUUGGGCAGGAGUUUACUGGAGCAGUCUUGGAUUUUUUCCAGUCUUCUAGGUUACCUAGAGAUUCGAAUAUCACUUGGGUGGCGCUGGCGCCAAAGUUUGUUGGGGCUAAAGAAAUAAAAGACCUCAGGCCGAUUAGUAUGGUGGGUUGUGUGUAUAAGGUCAUAUCUAAGAAGAUGGGCUUCGGGCAUAUAUGGAAGGGGUGGAUUAAGGAGUGUCUCUGCUCUGCGUCUAUGUCGGUUAUGAUAAAUGGGUCCCCCACUAAGCCUUUCAAGAUGGAAAGGGGACUACGACAAGGAGACCCUUUAUCUCCGUUUCUGUUUGUGCUAGUUCUUGAUGUGCUACAUAGGAUGAUUAGGGAGGCAGUGAGGAAUGGCCGCAUCUAUCCACUUUUGGUUGGAAGGGAUAACAUUGAGCUGUCGCACUUACAGUUUGCAGAUGAUACCAUUCUAUUCUGUCCUACUGAGGAAGAGACUAUCAGGAACUACAAGCGAUUGUUACGUUGCUUUGAGCUGAUGUCAGGGUUGAGUAUCAAUUUUGAGAAGGCUAGCUUCAUUCCGGUUAACAGUGAUCGGCAUUGGGCGCGUAAGAUGUGUCAGUUGCUGGGUUGCAAGGCGGAGUCUCUACCAGUCCGAUAUCUUGGCAUUUCUCUUGGAGCAAACAUGAGGCUUGUGAAGACUUGGAAACCGGUAAUUGAUAAGGUGGAAGACAAGUUAAGUCUGUGGAAAGCAAAGACCCUAAACAAAGCGGGUAAGCUGGUUCUUAUUAAGUCUGUUCUGAAUAGUUUGCCUAUCUACUAUCUUAGCCUAUACAAGAUGCCGAAGACGGUAGCGGAGAAGUUGAUCUCACUCCAAAGGCGCUUUUUGUGGAGUAAAGAGAAUGGGAGAAAUGGGAUACCACUAGUAAAAUGGGAAGUGGUGAUGGCUCCAAAAAAGGCAGGUGGUCUGGGAAUUGGAGACGCAGUAAUUCGGAAUACAGCUUUGCUCUUUAAGUGGUGGUGGAGGUUCUCGAAAGAGGAUUAUCCCCUGUGGAAGAAAGUCGUCUGCUCCUGUAAUAACUUGAAUCCGAAUGAGAUGCUGUGUGGUCAGACUAUACCUACAAGGGGGUUCUUGGAAGGAUAUUUGCCAGUUACAAAUCAGUGA